UUCUGCUGGUGGUAGUGUAUGCCUGGGAGUCAAAGCAUGCAGUCGAGGGAUGGAGGGAGAGACCAAGAGAGGAAGAGUCCCAGUGUAGACAAAGGGUGGGGGUUGUGCCUGUAUAUGCUUGUGUGUGGUUUAUACCGUUGGUGAUGUACUUUGUGUACGUGAUGACUUUAGUCCUGGCACCACCCAGCCACAUGACGGCAAACAACGGUGAAGCUAGCACAUACUGCAACAGCUGUAUCCUCUUCCUGCAUAUCUGGAGGGACAACUGCUCAGAUAUAGAACAUAUCCAUGAUAUCUUCAUACAAUGCUUCCUCUUCGUCAGUGUGAUACCAGUUUUGGUGUGCUGCACAGUGGUUUACUACAAGGUGGGCAGCUGGUAUCGCAGGUAUGAGGAGGAGGGACUAUUUCCUGUGGAGGGAGAUGGACGUUCCAGGAAACGGCUGAGGGGUAUGUUCUCCACUGCUCGCUACAUGAUGGUGGUCAUCAUCUUCUGCUGGACCCCAGCUCUUGUUCUGGUUGUCCUGUCUGUGAUACCAGACAUACCUCAAGUAAAUCUCUUCCCCCUGUAUGUUAUACAGGCGGUGAUGUUGUCUCUGCAGGGCUGUCUGAACAGCGUGGUCUAUGCCUGGAGACGACCAAACUUCAGAGACGCUGUGCUCGGAGAGAGGAUGCCCCUGCUCAGCCAAGACGUCCCUCUGCCCUUCUUUGACGAAUCACUGAGGGGGCCGCUUGGACCCUUAACCUCUAACUCCUGACUCUAGAGAAGCUGCUAUGCUGCGGGUGGAGUUCUCCCUCUGGCACAGAAACAGUUUACCCUCCUCAAAUACUAACCUUUACCACUGAGGGAAGCAAUGCAACACUGACCUCAGAUCAGCAUCUUGGGAUAACUUCAUUCUACUACUCCUACUGGGAUGGUUGUCCGGAACCAAGACAAUGGUGUACUAUGGACGUAGGGGUCGAUUCAGACUCAGGAAAUGUAUGCCUUUCCUAUGCACUUCUCAGUAGUUGGUAUUCAGACUUUCCUUAUGCAGGCGUGUAACGGGCUUUGCAGGCGUGGUUUCCUUGUAAAUUGAUAAAUACAUUUCAUAGAACUCAUAAAAUCCUCCCACUUGCUGGC